CCCCGCUCGGCAGCACCGGCCUGCGUUGUUUUGCUGUUAGCCACCAUUAGCUUGUUGGCUCAGCUACCUGUACUUGAGCUGUUUUGCACGUAAUGCAGAACUAAGUAAAAAUGACAGUUUUAGAUUUCACAAGUAACGUUUUUCGUACUCGAUUCAGAUAGGCUUCGAGUUUUCCAACGUAAACAAGCGGUUUGGAAAGAAGGAUCUUCAGAAGAAAAGGAGGCUAGUUCCCCCGAUCUACAGGAAGAGCCUUCGGAUAGCAGCGAAGACGACGACGUUUCUGGGGACGCAGAGAUGGACUUUCUACGUAGUCUUUUCUCCCGGACUCUGGGCCUUGGUACUGGAGAAAAGGUUUUGGAUGAGCUGACCCUAGAUGGAGUGGCUCGCUACAUCCAGAGUGGUAAAUGCAAAGACAUAAUCUGCAUGGUUGGCGCAGGAAUAUCGACAUCUGCAGGAAUCCCAGAUUUCCGCUCCCCUGAGACAGGCCUUUAUGCCAACCUGCAGAAGUACAACCUGCCUUAUCCCGAAGCCAUAUUCCAGAUCGACUACUUCAAGAAACACCCAGAGCCAUUCUUUGCCUUGGCCAAGGAGAUGUAUCCUGGGCAAUUCAAGCCCACAGUGUGUCAUUACUUCAUCAGGAUGCUUAAGGACAAAGGUCUUCUCAGACGCUGCUACUCCCAGAACAUUGACACUCUGGAGCGUGUAGCGGGGCUACAAGAGGAGGACCUGGUUGAAGCCCAUGGGACCUUCUAUACCUCCCACUGUGUGAGCUUUCUGUGCCGUAAGGAGUAUACCCUGGACUGGAUGAAAGAAAAGAUCUUCUCAGAGCAGGUGCCCAAGUGUGAGAAGUGCAACGACUUGGUCAAGCCUGACAUUGUGUUUUUUGGCGAGAAUCUGCCUGCCCGAUUUUUCAGUACGAUGACGAUGGAUUUCCCACGCUGUGACCUCCUCAUCAUCAUGGGAACCUCACUGAAGGUUCAGCCCUUCGCCUCCCUGGUCAGCAAAGUUCCCAAAAACACCCCCAGGCUGCUCAUUAACAUGGAGAAGACGGGGCAGUCUGACGCCCUCAUGGGGAUGCUUGGCUUUGGAGGAGGGAUGGACUUCGACUCCGAAAAAGCGUACAGGGAUGUGGCGUACCUGAGCACUUGUGACGAUGGCUGCAUGGCACUUGCAGACUUGCUUGGUUGGAAGGCCGAGUUGGAGGAGUUGGUGAGACAAGAACAUGCCCUGAUUGACAGCAAAGAUAAAAAGGAAAAAGCCAAAACAUCCAAUCAGAGCGCUGCAGCUGAGGAGAAGCCCGCCUCCAACAAGUCAGAGUAGCCAGUCAAGCAAGGACUGCUGAGAAGAAGGCGGAGCGUCAGUCGUGAUGCCAUUUUGGCGUCGGUUACUCUGUUUAGCCGUGUGCAAUUUGGUCCGGCUCCUACUUUUCCCACCUCUACUUUAAAUAUUAUUUUUGUUAUUUGCAGACUGAGCAGCCUAUGUUUAAACAUAGAAGGUUUUAUAUAUAUAUAUAUAAAAAGAGAGCUUAAUUUUUGGGAAAUGCUGCAAUAAUUAAUUUUUAAUUAGCCAGAUGCAACUUGUAAAUUGAUUUUCUGACUUAAAAAAAUCGACAGAGAGAGGUUGUGUAAAUAUAACAAAAGACAAUAAAACAGGGUCUUCAUUUCAUAUUUCCCAUAGUUCUUAUUCAUAAUUUCUGACAAGUUUUAAGCGUUCCAAACUAUUAUUUUAGUAUAAUUUCUCUUUUUUUUGGGGGGGGGGGGGGGGUUAAAUGACUAGCUGUAGAAGGUGACGAUCUUAUUGACUUAUUUGUUUUGUGCAGUGCCUCAUCUAGCCAGAUGGUGGUAUGCAUGUAGCGCAGUUAAAAACUUAAUAAACUGAAAACUAGA